AAUUCUACAAGUAGUUCUGAUUUACUAUAUCUGUUCUCUAGCUGGUAUAAAUCCACUUUUGACCUAAAGGGACGCUUUUUGGACGCCAUGGACUUUUCUCGGUUUCCAGGCAAUAAGAACAGUAAAAAUGCAGGCAGGGCACAGGACAAAGCACUAGGGACAAAAUGUAUGUGAAAUGGUUUGAUACAUGAAUGUCACUUUUUGUCAUUUUCAAAUUUCCCGCCGUUCCGUCCCCCGUACGUCCCGACGCUCGCAGGGGACGGAACCCAGAUGACAGAUGCCGGCAUCCGCCGGAUUACAUUGCUGGGGACACUGCAGGAGGGUCAU